UUGCACGUUUGGGCGAAAUCAUGGCGGACCUUGCAGAUUUGGACCCGGAGCAAAUAGAAAAGUACCGCAGAUAUGUGUCUCAGGCCAAACAGGAGGCCCGAAGUGGGAACCUGGAAGCAUCUCUCCAAUUGUUCCAACAGGCUCUUGAAAUCCAUUUCAGUGAAAACCUGACUGCCAAGAUUAAAAAGUUGGAGGAUGCCCUGGCUGUGGAGGAGGAGGACGAUGAUGGCUUUGUGGAUGUGUGUCAGAGCGGAUUCAUGCUGUAUGGAGAAGUUCACGAUAAGCUUUUUGACUAUCAGAGGGAAGGGGUUGCUUUUUUGUACAAGUUGUAUCGAGACAGAAGGAAGGGCGGCAUCCUGGCAGAUGACAUGGGACUCGGGAAGACCAUUCAAGUCAUCACGUUCCUCUCUGGGAUGUUUGACGCAGAAUUCAUCCAUUCCGUAUUGCUUAUUCUCCCAGUCACCCUUCUUAACAACUGGAUGAAAGAGUUUGCCAAGUGGACUCCAGGCCUGCGAGUGAAAGUUUUUCACGGAACCAACAAAGCUGAACGUCAAAGAUCUCUGGAGCGGAUCCAGAGGAGAAAGGGUGUCUUGCUCACAACUUACCAGAUGCUCCUCAACAGCUGGCCACAACUUUCUAGCUUUGAUGGGAAAGAGUUUGUUUGGGACUAUAUCAUUCUGGAUGAAGCCCAUAAAAUCAAAACCCCGUCUGCCAAAACGACAAAAUCUCUGCACGCCAUUCCUUCCAAAAACCGCAUCCUUCUCACAGGGACUCCGGUCCAAAACAAUCUCAAAGAACUUUGGGCUCUUUUUGAUUUUGCUUGUCAAGGCUCUCUUUUGGGUACCAUGAAAACCUUCCGGAUGGAAUAUGAGGGCCCUAUCACGAGAGCCAGGGCAAAAGACGCCACUCCUGGAGAGAAAGCUCUGGGACGUAAAAUCUCAGAAAACCUGAUGUCCAUCAUUCAGCCAUAUUUUCUCAGGCGGACUAAAGAUGAACUCCAGAAGAAGAAAAAGGCCGAGCUUCCAAAUCAUCUUCCUGAUAACCAAAGCAAAGAUGUUGCUCCCGCCAUGCCUUCUCUUCCACGAAAGAACGAGUUCAUUGUAUGGUUGUUCUUAGCACCCAUACAAGAGGAAAUAUAUAGAAAUUUUAUAUCCUUGGAUCAUAUCAAAGAGCUGUUGUUGUCUACCAGGUCCCCACUGGCUGAACUUAAUAUCCUGAAGAAGCUCUGUGAUCACCCAAGGCUCUUAUCAAAUCGAGCAUGUAGUCAACUAGGGCUGGAAGGAUCCCAUUACAAUGAAAAUGAACUUGGUGAACUCCCAGACAUGAAGAGGAGUAUUGAGCAUGUUUCUAUUGAAAUGCUGAUUCAGGAGUCUGGAAAGUUGAGCUUCCUUGUGGCGCUGCUGGAAAGACUGCAAGACGAGGGACAUAGAACUCUGGUGUUCUCCCUAUCGCGAAAAAUGUUGGACAUUAUAGAGCGUGUCUUAAUUCACAGGGGCUUUAAGCUCAUGCGCAUUGAUGGGACAGUGACCCAUUUGGCAGAGCGAGAGAAGAGAAUUGGCAUGUUUCAGAAAGAUGGAGACUACUCUGUAUUUUUGCUUACUACUCAAGUUGGUGGGGUUGGUUUAACCUUAACAGCUGCUAGCCGGGUGGUGAUUUUUGAUCCCAGCUGGAAUCCAGCUACAGAUGCCCAAGCUGUGGACCGAGUUUACAGGAUUGGACAAAAAGAGAAUGUCAUAAUUUACCGGCUGAUUACCUGUGGGACAAUUGAAGAGAAGAUCUAUAGAAGGCAAGUCUUCAAGGAUUCCUUAAUACGCCAAAGCACGGGAGAUAAGAAAAAUCCCUAUCGCUAUUUCACAAUGCAAGAGCUAAAGGAGUUGUUUAUAUUGGAAGACACGCAAAGCUCGGCCACACAGCUACAAUUGCAGUCCUUACAUGCCACCCAAAGAAAAACAGACACUGAGUUGGAUGAACACAUUGCACACCUCUACGCGCUGCAGAUAUUUGGCAUUUCUGACCAUGAUUUGAUGUACACACGUGAGACAGCACAUGAUGACGAAGCCGAAAACGAAGAAGCCCACAGGUACAUUGAACACAGAGUCCAAAAAGCCCAAGAGUUGGUACAACUAGAAUCUCAGUUGAAUGACCAGCACAUAAGAAAUAUCAGAAACACGACUGAAGGAGCAUGGCUGAGAGAUACAGACUCAGCCACCCAGCCAAAAAUGAUGCCAACCAAGUCUUUACCAGGUGAGACUCUUGGGCCAUCCACAUCCAAAAGGACAAGCCCAACACUCCUGGAAUCACCCACACCAUCCACAAGGAAACCAUCAGCUCCUCCUCCAAGUCCUGUGGUUGCCCCAUCUGUAUUUAUUAGUCCUGUCGUCAGCGAUGGAGUUAUUGAUCUUGUAAGUGAUGAUGACAAUGACUUUGUUAGUGAUAUGGUCAAUUUGAGCUCUAAAAUGACCAGUCUGGUUGUUGAAGACAUGGAUGAUGAGCAAAUGCUUCAGAUUAUUUCUAAUAUGGAAGAUGGUUUGCCUUCAGAGGAGAAAGAACACCAAUUUCCCAGCGUCGGAUCAUGUGACCUAAAUCCUGGGACAGGUCUUGUGUCCCCUUUUCAGGCUCAUUCAGUAUCUAUCAAGAAGGACAACAGUCCUGAAUCGAGAGCAAUCUCUGAAAUGGCUGUUGUGGAUGCAAAUGAUGAGCAAAUGGUUUUCCAUACCACCAAUACGGAUGUUCUGCAUUCCAAAAACAAAGAAUGUCAACCAACCAGACUGCAAGCAGAUGACCAAAAUAAGACUUAUACUCCUGAUGAUGUCAUGCUCCAAACUGGGACAGGAAGUGAGCUUAAAGAUGUCCAGAUGAAACUGCUGCAGGAUUUAAUUGAGUAUUCUUCUGAUGAUGGCAUUCACCAAACUCAGGCUGAUAUGUCACGUAAUGUUCCUCCAAUCUCUCAUGGAGAUCCCUGUGAAAUUAAGGAACUAGAUGCUGUGGCACCACAGGAGACCAUGGUUAGCAAAAUGACUGAAAGCAGCACAUUGCAGAACUCUGGCAUGAGAGAAACUGCACAGUCCAAGUAUCUUGAUAUUUCCUCUCACUAUCAGCAGAUGAGAAAUAUUAGAAAAACGACUGAAGAAACUUGGCUAAGAGAUACAGACUCAGCCACCCAGCCAAAAAUGAUGCCAACCAAGUCUUCACCAAUUGACCCUCUUGGGCCAACCACAUCCGAAAGGACAAACCCAACACUCAUGGAAUCACCCACACAAUCCACAAGGAAACCACCUGCUCCUCCUCCAUGUCCUGUGGUUGCCCCACCUGUAUUUAUUAAUCCUGUCGUCAGUGAUGGACUUAUUGAUCUUGUAAGUGAUGAUGACAAUGACUUUGUUAGUGAUAUGGUCAAUUUGAGCUCUAUAAUGACCAGUCUGGUUGUUGAAGACAUGGAUGAUGAGCAAAUGCUUCAGAUUAUUUCUAAUAUGGAAGAUGGUUUGCCUUCAGAGGAGAAAGAACACCAAUUUCUCAACAUCCGAUCCUGUGAUCUAAAUCCAGGGACAGAUCUGAUGUCCCCUUUUCAGACUCAUUCAGUAUCUAUCAAGGACUACAGCCCUGAAUCGAGAGCAAUCUCUGAGCUGGCUGCUGCUGAUACAGAUGAUGAGCAAAUGGUUUUCCAUACCACCAAUACAGAUGUUUUGCAUUCCAAAAACAAAGAAUGUCAACCAACCAGACUGCAAGCCGAUGACCAAAACAAGACUUAUACUCCUGAUGAUGUCAUGCUCGAAACUGAGACUGACAUGUCACUUGAUGUUCUUCCAAUCUCUAAUGGAGAUGCCUGCGAAAUUAAGGAACUAGAUGCUGUGGCACCACAGGAGACCAUGGUUAGCAAAAUGACUGAAAGCAGCGCAUUGCAGAACUCUGGCAUGAGAGAAACUGCACAGUCCAAAUAUCUUGAUAUUUCCUCUGACUAUCAGAUCAAUUUCAACCUUGCCUUGGAGGAUUCUGAGAAUGGACCACAAACCUUCGCAGAAAAAGACAUGUUAUUAGAGGAGACAGCAAAUGAAGGCUUCCAGCUGAAGUUGGAUAGCUAUUGUAGCUCUGCAACUGAAUCACUUGGAAGAGAACGUGGGAGUCUCAGAGGCCUCCAGACUAGCAAUGCUGUAGAGAGCUCUGUGGUCAUGGAUGAUUCCAACGGUCCAUGUGAUAGCAGUGACAGUUUUGGGCUGGGGAAAAAGAAGCGUUUGGCAAUUAUUGUUUCGGAUGAGGAAGAUGGUGAAUUAAUAGAUGAACUGGAUGAGGACAAGCCGGACGGAAUUUGUAUGUCAACACCAAAGGCCAACAAUCCAAUGACUGCGAUUUGUUUUUCUCCCAGGAUCAAAUUGAGUGGAAGAAGGUCAACAGCUUCUCGUCGAUCCUUCUUCAAUGUGGUCUUGGAAGAAAUGGAGGAUGCAGCUAGAGAAGCAGGAACUGCCAGCAAUGUAUCUAAUGAUGGAUCUCUUCAGCAUGAGUUUGAAGAAGAGGAAACCCAAAAUUACAUUAUGGAAGUAUCAGAGGAAUCGGAAGAGGAGCCAUCUGGAGAAACACUGGAUUCUGAGAGAGAAUCUAGCCAUUUCCAUGAUACAGACUCUUCAAGAGGAGAAUCUUUUCUCUGAAAUCUCAAUAUUGUGGGGGGAAUCUAAGGUUACUGUGCUUGAGUUGUAUGUUUGCUCUGAAGACUUGUUCCUACUGUUGGAUUUUAUUUUGGAGUGCCAGCUGCUGAAAAUUAAAUAUGCAAUUUUCUUAGGCCUG